AAAGUCCAACGCCUCCCACAAUUCGCGCAAGGACAACCAGACCGGACCAGACCCGACCCACCCCAGCACCGGCCGGCGGCCAUGUCCCAGACGACGCCCCAGCGCCGGAAGCAGGACGAAUCCGGCGGCGGCAACUGGCGCGAGGAGGCCGUGUCCGCCGGCUCCCUGCGGCAGGUGGACCUUGACAGGGGUACCAACGGCUGGGCCUCGCCGCCGGGGGACCUGUUCCACCUGCGCGCGCGCGGCUACUUCUCCGGCGGCGGCGGGAGGCGGGCCAAGGCGCCCUCCUCACCGGACUGGCUCCUCCGCCCCGCCGGCGUCGACUGGCUCCGCUCCCACGCGCGCCUCGACCACGUCCUCGCCCGCGACGACAUCCCCGUCGCCGCCGCCUUCCGCCGCGCGCGCCUCCGCAAGGACCCCGACGCCCACUUCCUCGUCGCCGUCAAUCUCCAGGUCCCCGGCCGGCCCGACGCGUACAGCUCGGUGUUCUACUUCGCGGCGGAGGCGCCCAUCCCGCCGGACUCCCUGCUCGGGCGCUUCGUCUACGGCGACGACGCGUACCGCAACGCCCGCUUCAAGAUCGUGAACCGCAUCGUCAAGGGCCCCUGGCUCGUCCGCGCCACCGUCGGCAACUACGGCGCGUGCCUCCUCGGCCGCGCGCUCACCUGCCGCUACCACAAGGGCGACGACUACCUCGAGAUCGACGUCGACAUCGGCAGCUCCGCGAUCGCCAGCGCCAUCCUGCAUCUCGCGCUCGGCGCCGUCACGUCGGUGACCAUCGACAUGGGUUUCCUCGUCGAGUCACAGUCAGAGGAGGAGCUACCCGAAAAGCUCUUCGGCGCCGUACGCAUCGCGCAGAUGGAGAUGGGCUCGGCCAGGUACGUCGAGACGGCGUCGGACGAGGCGGUGUCUGAGACGGCCGGCAAGGCCGCGCCGGGGUUCAGGGUUGGCUCGGCGAGGGUGGCCAACGAUAGCCGCCACCAGGAGCGCUCCAGCGCCAAGAGGUCGAUGAGCUGCCAGGAACGGCAGACCGGAGGUGAGGCCUCAAAUUCCUCUUGACUGACAUCUUCUGCUAGAUAUUUCAAUGCGGCUAAUUUGACCACUUCUAUAUGGUGAUCGACCUGACGAACGAACUCGAUGAUACAAACUUAUUAUUAUAGAUAGAGUAGACGAACCAAUUCAUUGGGGUUAGCAUGUGUCACUCGAUAAUAAGUCCAUGAUUAUUUAUCUCAGUUGCGGGUGUCACUAAAUUAUCGUAGCUGAGCCUUAUAUCAGUUGCAAGAGCCUGAGUGUGAUUGCCAUUGCCUUUUCAACUCCUCAACGCAUUAUUAUUUCCUUCAGAAUAUUUCUUGAUGUGCUUGCUGGGGAUAUUCUUCUUUUUCAACGGUGAUGCAGCGUGCAGGUUUCUUUUCUGUUUAAUUAAUUGAUCUACUGUUGUGACAAAGAGGGGACUAGGGAUCUGAUGUUGUGGGUUAACUAGUACGGCCACUGGAAAAAUACAAGAGGAAAUUUGACUUGUUUAA